AUGCCAAUCAGUAUCCAUGACUGCAGUGGCUUCAACGUUGCUCAGCUAAAAAGCAAGAUAAAGGACACAAAAAGAGCCGUGUUCAUAAAGUUCUCUGUCGAAGGGUGCGCUCCAUGCAGAUACCUUAAAGAUGACAUCAACAGAUACAAAACAGAUUUUAACCAGUCCAAAAAAGACCUGAAUGUCGACAUCUUCGAGAUCAACGGCACAUUAUCUUCCACUUGUCCAUUCUUCAAUAGCAUGUGUGCAGAUUUCCAAAUAUCUGCAUUCCCCACGAUGGUGAUGGUUGACCAGGACAUGAAGCCAGUUGGCAGCGAUGCAAAGAUAAUCGGCAGCAAGAUAGAAAAGUUUAAGGAGCUUAUCAACAGCAACUGCAACAUGUUCAAAGCAUCUGUUUGA